AUAUCAUAGUAGGUCGAUUUUCUUCAAAUUUUAAUUUGGUGGGACAAGUGUCAAAUCCAAGCAAACUCCAGUGUUGUCAGGUUGGCUCCACUACUCACAUAGAAGCAUCUGAGUUUUUAAAAAUUCCCGUUUUUCCUUCAAUAUGGGCAUUCCGGCUGGAGACGUCGAGAAGGGCAAAAAACUAUUUGUCCAACGCUGUGCGCAAUGUCACACCGUCGAGGCCGGCGGUAAGCACAAGGUUGGACCCAAUCUGCACGGGAUUUUCGGACGUAAAACCGGUAAGGCCGCUGGAUUCUCCUACACCGAUGCCAACAAGAACAAAGGGGUCACAUGGAACGAGGACACACUUUUCGAGUAUCUGGAAAACCCGAAGAAGUACAUCCCUGGCACGAAGAUGAUCUUCGCGGGCAUAAAGAAGCCGAACGAGCGGGCGGAUCUGAUUGCGUACUUGAAGGCGUCAACUUAGAAGAAAUUUUUAAUUUGCUGUAAUUUUGUUGUGAUUUGUUGAUAUAUUAAAUGAACAUAAUAUUGACGAUGUAUAAAAAAGUUGUUAACCAUACAAAAAUAAGAA